AUGGAGCUCUCCCUGAUAAAGCAGCGGUUACAGCUGCUGCAGGAAGAAGUCUUUUCGAUAACGCCUGACUUGGAGAGACGAAAUCAGAAACUGGAAGACAUGUUGCAGCAACAACAAAUGGGGCAUCAUCGAGUCUCGGAAGUAUUGGCAGCAGGGCCGCUGCCAGCAGUGGACAAGGGUCUCAACGUGCCAUCUGUGAUAGAGGCAGAAGUUCAGGACGUGCGACGGCGACUGGAGGAGUUCCUCUCCUGCUGGCCAGGAUCUUUGCAGGCGGAGCACAUUCACUUGGACGAGGUUCGGCACGGCAUCGAAGCGCGGGUUUUGCUGGUGCAAGACCAGAUUCACAACCUUAAGCUUUUGCUUUCUCGAGAAUCUGAAGAGGCAGUGAAGUGGCGAGAAACCACGCAACAGCUUGCCGACAAGAUUCAGGAUUUGGAUCACACACUGUCGACAGGACAGGUUUGCCUUGAACCUUUUGCACCGGCAAAUCCUUCAAGUGACGCCAAGACAGGUCAAGAGGAUGCCAUCGAGAUGUCGCGGCUCGAGGAUCGGCUGAAACGAGCUGAAGUGCUGCAAAGUGAGCUGCAGUCCAUGUCGCAGGCACAAUCUGAGAGCAUCAAGGAGGCCUUUGACCAGCUUGCAUCGGCUCCAUGGUGCAGGGCCAUCUCCAAUCUGGAGUGUGAGUUAAAGGCACUGCUGGCGGGGCAAGUGGAGGAUUCUGCAGCGGCGAUACGAUCCGUGGCACAGAUGAUUGAGGCUGGUGCACGGACGGAGCCCGUGGAGCCCGUGGAGCCCAUGGAGCCCGUGGAGCCCCGCUAUGCUCAGAUGCAGUCGCAGCAGGCACAUGGUGCGGAUCAAGUCCAGCAAAGCCAAGCAGUCCAGCAGUCAGCUGGCAAGCUCACUGUUUCAGGCUGCCAAAACGAGACUGUUGCUGGAAUCGUCCGUGGGGAGUACCUAGCGACGUCCGAAAAUCACGGUCGCCCAGUCUUCCGUCGAACAGAACAGUCCAACAACAUGGACGUUCUCAUUUAUUUCUGGGACGAUAGAGACGGCGCGAGUUUCUCUGGAUGGUGGUUCGGUCCGGCCGUGGGGGGAGACCAGGUGUGGGCGUAUAGCCCUGACAAGUCUAUGGUGCCACCAUCAUCUCAGUGGAGGGUUCCGUAUGAUGGCCCUGUUGAUCCCAGCUUCAGUGUACAAGUCGUUGGCGGCCAGGAGCAGCAAGCGUCGUACCAACAGCAGCUGGCCCAGCAGCAGAAUCAGCAGUACCAGCAGCAAGCAGUGCAGCAAGGCUAUGCUCAUCAGGGAUGCGGGCAGGAGCAGCAAGCGUCGUACCAACAGCAGCUGGCCCAGCAGCAGAAUCAGCAGUACCAGCAGCAAGCAGUGCAGCAAGGCUAUGCUCAUCAGGGAUGCGGGCAGGCUGGCUAUCAGCAGCUGGGCCAGAACGAAUGGCAAGAUGCACAGCGCCGACAGCAAGAGGAGCAGAAUGCUGUUCAGAUGGUGCGCCAGGCCAUUCACAGAGUCCGCACAACGCCUCCCGAAGCCUUAGAUCAAUGUUGCGCAGAGAUGCAAGACGUGUUCAACAAGAUCGGCAAUCAGUGCGGCAACAUGUGGCAGCGGUUGCAGCAAGAAGUCUACCAGGCCACGCAAAUGGCUGCCGAGCGCAAGGAGAUGUAUCGUCAGCAGCGGGAGGAGGAGGAGAAACGCAUGAAGGAACGCGAAGCCAUCGCUGCUCAACUCCUGCAGGAGCUGUCCCAGUUGGUCGUUGCCGCCGAGGGCAGCGUCUCAGAGCUCAAGGAGAAAGCGCAGCCCAUAUUGGACACCAACUUGGACCUGUCAGAGCUCGACAAGUCCAGUGCUGGGUUUGAUGAGGUCAAAGGCAAAGCAAAAGCCAGCUGCAAAGCUUGCACGGAUUUCCUCUUGAGUAAGAGGUAUGCCAUGGAAGAGGCCAGAUCUGUGGUAUCGGAAACUCGGGAGCAGCUAGUGCAGUUACAGCGAAAACUCCACGGUGCCUUCGUGAACAUGGCCAAAUGCGUGAAUGGUCUCGAGGCUAAAAUUGACGGAGCCCACCGAAAAGAAAAGGCACUGAAGUUCAUGGAGAGAAGAGAGGAACUUUUUCGAAAGUAUGAUGCUGACAGUGACGGCGCGCUAAAUGCACAGGAGAUCGCUGCCUAUGCUCAGGGAGAAUACUCAUUCCAAGUUCCGGCAGAAGUCGUCGAAAGGCUUGUCAGCAUACAUGGAGAUGGAAAAGGAGGUUCUCUUGGCCUGCUUCAGACCAAGGAAGAUGACGGUUGCAGCUGUGAAGAGGAGGCGAGUAGAGGCGGCCUUGACAAUGAGUGGCCUGCAGCCAUCCUCUGCACGAGAUCUGUGCUGAUGCUGCCCUUUUGUGCAUCGCAGAAGAUCGUGAACACUCAAUUGGCAAUGGGAGGCUUGAUCACAGCUCCGCUUUCUGGAGCUGGCACUUGUCUUGGUGGCUGCUUUGGCAGCUGCUUGGCGACCGGCUGUUGCAAGUUGGCGGGCAGUGGCACCGUCAACUCUGUCAGAGCUUCGAGGUUUGUGUUGAUUUGGCUGCAGAUCUUCACUGCAGCUUUGGCCUUUCUUCUUUCUGAGACGGCUGAGAGAUGGCUGCCGUGGACUUGCACGAAGCUUGACCUGGUCGGUCUAGGCGACCUCGGCGUGUGUGAAUGCCGGACUGCCGAGGGGCAGUGUUGGUCAGACCAGUUGAUUUACAGGACCGAGGCUUCCGGGACAGCGGUCUUCCUUGCUCUACUUCUCAUGUCCCUCAGUGGAUGCGCCGAGGGAGCGGCUAGGGCCUACUCAGUCGCCAAGUUCAUGGCGGUGGUUUGUCUCGUUUUCAUCACGCUCUUUCUGCCGAAUCAGGUUUGGGUCGGUUUCGGAAGCAUUGCCACGGCAUUGUCUGCCAUCUUCUUGGUAGCGCAGUCCAUUCUGUUGAUCGAUUUCGGCUACACUUGGAAUGAAACUUGGUAUGCCAAUGCCCUCGAGGCAAGGCGGCGAGAGAUUGGCACCAAGGGGUACAGGCUUUGGGUUGGGGCCAUGUUGCUUUCGUCUGCAGCUUUGGUCCUAGGUGCCAUCAUCGUUGCAAUUUACCUGUUCUGUGUGUUCAAGGAUGCUAGCAGCAGAGCUGUGAACGCAUCCGCUAUGAUCUUGUCUGCAGCCCUGGCCUUUGUCAGCAUUACGGACUGGUGUGAGCAUGGUGCCCUUCUCACAUCGGCCGUCAUCAUGGCGUACACGGUCUGGCUUAUCUGCGAGUCUCUUGCUGUUCUGCCAAGUGGCUCUCCCCUGCAAUUGCCGUCUUGGGCUGGCCUUGUCCUCUGCGCCUUCUCAUUGCUUUCCACAACUGCUGGUGUGGGUGGCUGGGGAUCAAGCCCGGAGGAAGCUGCAGCUCCACCGGCAGACGGCCGUCCUCGUAGCUUGAUUGAAGCGGAGGCUGCUAGUGAGGCCGCGCCAGCGGAGGCUGAGGGCGCGACCAUGACUGCGUCAGAGGCACGGGUCUUUGGUGCUGAUUGUGCUGUUCAUGCAGCUGCUGCGCUCUACGUAGCAUCCUCUUUGGCACCGAGGACAAGUGGAACCACGUAUGCCUUGCGGGUGACUGCGAUCUUCCUGUCCUUGGGUUUGUACGGCUGGUCCUUGGUCGCUCCAAAAGUUUUGACCGGCAGGAGAUUCAACUGA